AUGACGUCAUCAACCCUGUUCCUCUACGCCGGGGUCUUCUUCUUCUUGAUUUAUAGCUGUGUCUGUGACCUGCCCCUUGAAGACACGACAAAACAGUGUGAAUACGACAACAUCAAAAGAUGCAACGAUGAGUUCAAACAGGUGUUCAUGAAUGCUAAGGCCGGAAAACGAGAGACAGGAAUGAGAAAUGUUUACUGCACAGCUCUACAGGUCAGUACUAGUGUAUAUAAUUACCCGUGUAUAUAAAUACUAUUAAUACUAGUAAAUGUCUUCUUUGGCUCAACUCUUACCUCAUACCCACGGUCCCUUCACUUCCCCCUACGCUUCCCUCCUCUUGGGAGAGGAAGAGACCUUGAAACGAGGUUGUUUAAACUAAACAGUCGAACAAGCUGUAACACCAUUGGUAAGAGACAAUUCCCUCUAGAGGUACUCAUGUAUUAACCUUGUAAGCCUCAAUAUUUGAUUAAGGGAUUCUCCUUUGUAGAUGACAUACAUUUUCUUGAACAUGAAUUAAGGGAAAGUUAGUCGGGGAGAGCGGGAGGGAAGGGGAGGGGAGGGGAGGGGAGGGCGUCAUAUGGUUGAUUGCAAUAAAUCAAAAGCCUCCGAGCUUACCAGACUAGGAAGGAGAAGUUCACCAUUGCCUCCCCUAUUUAGAUAUUCAACCCAGUAACAUAUUUCGUUUAACACAGGCACCUAACAAACCCACGAUCGAAGGGAAAGUGGGGGUAGGUAUGUACCGGAAGGAAAGCCUCAGGGCGUUCAGGAGAUUAGGUUGACCAAACAUUAGUCGUUUGUGUCAUCUUUGUGAACUAUCUCGCCAGGUGUUUAUGAACUGUUUGGAUGGUUCUCUUGGACGCUGCAUCGGUGGCUCGUGGCUUCAGAAUUACAGCUAUGUUGUCUUGGAACAUGGUAUAAUGGACAAGAAGUGUGGUGUAUGCCCCCACCAUAAUUACCAUGACCUUGAACGAGUACUUAAUGGUAAGAGAAAAUGCCGCUCUUCUAAAAGUCCAUCGCAGAUUUCUUAACAAGGAGGCAAGGUCUUUUUCAUCAAAGAUUACCCCGUUCCGCUUUUUAUUUUAUUUCAUUUUUCAACGUAACAGGUAUUCCAUUGACAAUCACUAUGACAUCUCAGUCAUUAUCAUCACCACCGUCAACAACAACAACAACAAUAAAACAACAAUACAACAACAACAACAAUAAAACAACAAUACAACAACAACAACAAUAAAACAACAAUACAACAACAACAACAAUAAAACAACAAUACAACAAAACAACAAAACAACAACAACUCUUGAAUGCAGCCUUAAACAGCUUUAAUAAGCUAUCUUCGAUAUAAUCAUCUUUUCUUUCUUGUCCACGUUUUUCCCCAAAUCACUGUUAUACUUAUCAUUGACGUCAAGACACCUAAAUACCAACUACUUCACAAAUGAAUUCCCUUCUUACUGAAUCAAUAAAAUUCUGAAGCGAGAUUUUUUAACUGUUACGUAAUUCACUUCCAUCUUCCGUUUAUUCGACAGCAAGGAACAGGACAGACUACAUCGGUAAGUAUUACAUAUAAGCUUAAGCCCCUGUGAUUUUGAAAAACUGAAACUUUUCGUAAUUGCUUCACCAGACCCCCUCCCCGUUUUUCGCGCGUCCACUCUUUUGCUCAUUUCCAGUGGCUGAGAAGGGACGGUCAAAAACACCUUCAAUCACUUUAUUUUUUCGCAGGUUUUGAUAUCUGCCCGCUAUGUGCGAAGGUUGUCCACAAUAUAUGUGUGGCGCACUUCUUGGAAAAGAUGCAAUCCGACGCGAACAUAUGCCAUGAUGUGCAAAAGUUUAUCAACUGUUACGAAAAGGUUGGUGACGCAGGAUGGUAUUGUGCCAGAAGGAAGAUCGUGAGGAGUUUUUCCAAUCUAUGUCGCCAACUGGGAGAGAAGAUGUUGCGGGAAGAUGAGAAACAUCGCGGGUUGAUGUGCUAA